UGAUCACCCGGCAGAAACAAAGUAGCUGAGUGACACCAACAGUAGCUGCUAGCAUUAGCUAUGAAGAAGUCUUAUUCGACUUACUGCUGUUUUUGGAGAAGGAGAUAAGAAUGCUGUCUACGGGAGAUGUCCAGGGUUGUCUGCGUAAACUAGAAAGUCUCCUGCGGGUGAUAAAGUACCCGGGAUAUGUCGACUACAGCGGCACGCUGGUCUUUUUUUCCUCCACCAGCCUCUCCAAAGGAGAUCCCUCAGCUUUUCUACCAAUAGUGAGUUUCACCCUCACCUCCUUCUCUCCACCUUUUGCUGAGCAACUAAUGGCGAUGGGAUUUGAGCUGACUGGCAAAACUGACCUCAGAUUCACUGACGCUCUUUAUAAGGUACUACGGGAUAUUUUCCAAUAUAAGCCCAUAUUGAACAAGCAGCAGUUCCUCCAGUGGGGUUUCUCUCAAAGGAAAAUCUCCGUCAUCUGUGACAUUAUUAACUUGGUCCUGCAGAAACACAACCAACUGAAAAAGGUGUCUGACAGGCCAUUCGGUGUGAAUCGCACAGAAAAUCCCUCCACUUUUCCCACUAACACCCCCCAUGUGAAAGCAUUCUCCUCCAGUUCACCUGAAAAUAGGAUCGCGGAGCUGGCAGGAGGAGAGGAGGACAAGGAUAACGUUCUUCACGUGUCUGACAGGCCAUUCGGUGUGAAUCGCACAGAAAAUCCCUCCACUUUUCCCACUAACACCCCCCAUGUGAAAGCAUUCUCCUCCAGUUCACCUGAAAAUGGGAUCGCAGAGAUGGCAGGAGGGGAGGAGAGCAAGGAUAACGUUCUUCACUCAUCAGAGGUGGAAGGAAGGCUCUUAGCACUGGAAGCUCAGCUCGAGAGUCUUUCUGGGCUACACAGGCUCAGUAUUCUGGAGAAACGCCUGGAGGAACUUGAGAAACAGAGAAACACAGACAAGAUUGAAGGACAGCUCAUCAGUAUACCCAAACAGAGCUGGGAAAAUCUAAUGAGCCGAGUCCUAUUACUGGAAACUAAACUAGAGCUGAGCAAUACACAGUUAAAUGCUCCACCGCCAUGUCCGUCAUCUGCCUCCUCUGUUUCCUCCAGCUCCUUGUCUGAAGAGUCAAAGGAGGACCUCAGGGACAGCCUGGAGAGAAUCUCUACCAUGCUGAAGAGCACCUCCAGUCUGCUGAAGAACACUGAAUCCUCCACAACACCCUGCAAAUAAAUUCUGAUAUAAGAUCAUUAUCUUCUGUUUAACGUAAUUUCACACAAUGUUAGUGCACUUUUACAUCUUCUUGGCAUUUUUCAUGGUCAUUAUUAAAACAAAUUGCUUUUAACCCUAAAGUGAAAUGACUGAGGAAACGAUAUUGUCACUGUGAGAAUGAGCUUCAGCUGAUGAGAGUUCAGGAGAUGAUUUCCACUGUGUUAGCCCUCCAAGAUCAAAGUCUUUAUUCUUAAAACUGCAGAUGUUUGUAUGAAUGUGUUUCUUUUUUCAUUUAUUAACAUGAUACUAAUUGUGAUAAUAAUUUUUCUAUUUCUCAGUUUUCUUCUACCAAGCAAAUUUAAAAGUUGUAUACAACCCCGAUUUCAAAAAGGUUGGGACUUUGUUGCCCUGUGUGUGUGUGUGUGUGUGUGUGUGUGUGUGUGUGUGUGUGUGUGUGUGUGUGUGUGUGUGUGUGUGUGUGUGUGUGUGUCACGAAUGAAAGCAUCCACUAUGAGGAAGCUUGAUAAAUAAGCUAUGAUCGCCAUUAGCCUGAGACCUAACAAUGCCUAACUGAACUCCACUGCAGAACUACAACAAAAGCAGUCAGUUCUCCAAUCAAACUGUGAAAACCCUUGUUCUGUCAGCAUCCUGAACAUAUUUGAAUGCAAAGUCCAGAUUUGUUCAUGCAGUCUCUCUCUCUCUCUGAGACAGGUACCCUUUCCACAUGAUGUGGUAUCACCGUGUUGGUGGAAAAUAAUCACUGAAUUAAGUCUGAAACUAACAAGUCAACAAUGUAACAAUAUAUUCCACACAGGAUAUAAAUCCCAGUCUGCAGGUGAACGUGCUCGACCCAUUCAUCCACCUUGACUUUGUUGCUUUUAAAUCUACCCUCUCCACCCCACCAGUUCUGACAAAACCGCUGUCUUUUCACUCAUCAGUGAGCACAGAAAGGUACACUUCUAUGUCUAUGUGAAUAAAUUAUCAAAUAUUUUUGUACUUCUUCUAUAAGCCUUGUUUAAAGAAGUCACAAGUAUUCCUUUACCAACAAAACCAUAACCAUAAAUUCACUGUCAUCUCUAAUGUGUUAUGUCCUGCAACUAAUAUAUUUUCAGUUAAAAUUGCAAUUUUUAGCUUUCGAGGGUCAAGUAACAGCAAAAUUAAACUCAGCUCAUGGGUGUGCUGAGAGGUUCAUACAGCACAACAGUAAGGGGAGGUUAGCCCGAGGCCUCCUCUCCUCAAGGUCUAAAUGCAAGUGUGAAAAUCCUUAAACCUGUAUUUAAUAUUUAUCUAUAUCUUCAUUAAGUCUUGCAAACCAAGUGUAAUUUACUCUCCUAUUUAGAAUCUCUGCUAUCCUGACAGUUAAAUAUUUUACUCGUCUAAUAUAAGCACUGUUAAUGCUAUUUGAGUUGUCUGCAGAGUUUAGGAAAUAUCUGCUGUGACCAUUGCCGCAAGACAGCAAUCAGUCUGUCCAAUCUGUUUUUCUUCAUUCUUUAUGGAAUAAAAAAAAGUGAAAUAGAAGAACAUUAUUUUUCAUAAUACAGAUAUUCUAUUCAUGCAUUAAGGUCUAUGAGAUGAUGGAGAUCUGCUUAAUUCAGUAGCACAGGUAGAAAUCAUAGUGUGGGUGAGCAGAGAGAAAAUCUGAACUGAAAGAAAGACCGAUCCUCGUUAACAGGUUCUGAAACGCAGAGGCUAUGUUGGUAAGGCACCAGAAUAGGUCAUU